AUGGGGGCCCCGUGCCGCGGGCCUCCGGCUGCCCCCGGGGCGCGGCUGCUGCUGCUGCUGCUGCUGCUCCUGAGGGAGCCGACCCUGGCCCGCGGCUCCCUGCGGCUCCUGGACCACCCGGCGCCCGUCUGCGCCCAGCCGGGCCUGAACUGCACCAUCGAGAAGAGUACCUGCCUGGAUGACAGCUGGAUCCGCCCGCAAAACCUGACCCCUUCGUCCCCCAAAGACGUCCAGGCCCGGCUGCAUUUUAUUCAUACCCAGGAUGGAGACCUACUCCCUGUGGUUCACAUCACCUGGACCCUGAAGACAGAUGCCAGCAUCCUGUUCCUGAGGGGUGCAGAGGUGUCUGUCCUGCACCUGAAUACCAACGAGCUUUUAUGUGUCAAGUUCAAGUUUCUGUCCCAGCUGGAGCAUCGGUUUGGUCAGCGGUGGCAUUUUAACUUCAGCCACUUUGUGGUCGAACCUGGCCAGCAGUAUGAGGUGACUGUCCACCACCUGCCCCAGCCUGCCCCUGGUGGGGACCCAAAUCACGAGUCUCAGAACUUAUCCGUGCCUGGCUGCAGGCACCCCCAGAUGAAGGUAACCACACCGUGUGUGAACUCAGGCAGCCUGUGGGAUCCCAACAUCACCACAGAGACCAUCGAGGCCCGGCAACUGCGGGUGAGCUUCACCUUUUGGGAGGAAUCCACCCGUUACCAGAUCCUGCUGAGCAGCUUCCCCAACAAGGAGACCCAAAGCUGCUUCACAAGAGUCCUGGAUGUGCCUGCGCCCACCCCAGAGGACUUCCACCGGCGGACCAACGUCACACUCAGCCUGUCGAACUUCAGUGGGUGCUGCCGCCACCAAGUACAGAUCCAGCCCUUCUUCAGCAGCUGUCUGAAUGAUUGCCUCAGACACUCCGUGACUGUUCCCUGUCCCAAGAGCCUAGACUCUCCAGAUUUGAUAGCAGAGCAUGUCCCCCUGUGGGUGUAUGGGCUCAUCAUGGCCGUCGCGGUCCUGUUGGUGGCCUCCGUCAUCCUGCUGAUCCUCUGCAUGACCUGGCGGCUGGCGGGUGCACGUCGUGAGAAAUAUGAUGUCAACACCAAGCACACAGAUGUCCUGCCCGCCGAUGCCCUGACCCCGUCACCCCUGAAGCCGAGGAAGGUCUGGAUUGUCUACUCCGCCGACCACCCCCUCUACGUGGACGUGGUGCUAAAGUUCGCUCAGUUCCUGCUCACCGUCUGCAGCACGGAGGUGGCCCUCGACCUGCUGGAGGAGCAGGUGAUCUCAGAGGUGGGGGUCAUGACCUGGGUGAGCCGCCAGAAGCAGGAGAUGGUAGAGAGCGACUCCAAGAUCAUCAUCCUGUGCUCCCGAGGCACCCGGGCCAAGUGGCAGGCCAUCCUCGGCUGGGAGGCCUCGGCCGUGCAGCUCCGCUGUGACCGCUGGAAGCCCGCGGGCGACCUUUUCACGGCGGCCAUGAACACGAUCCUCCCAGACUUCAAGAAGCCAGCCUGCUUCGGCACCUACAUCGUCUGCUACUUCAGUGACAUCAGCAGCGAGAGCGACAUCCCCGACCUCUUCCACAUCACUUCCCGGUACCCGCUCAUGGACAAAUUUGAGGAGGUCUACUUCCGGAUCCAGGACCUGGAGAUGUUUGAGCCCGGCCGGAUGCACCGCGUUGGGGAGCUCACCGGUGAGAACUACCUGCAGAGCCCCAGCGGCUGGCAGCUCAAGACAGCCGUAGAGAGAUUUCGGGAGUGGCAGAUUCGGUGCCCCGACUGGUUUGAGCGUGAGAACCUCUGCCCAGCGGAUGACCAGGACCUCCCGUCCCUGGACGAAGAGGUGUUUGAGCCACUGCUGCCCCCGGCAGGCGGCAUCGUCAGGCAGGAACCACUGGUGCGGGAACCUGCCUCCGAGGACUGUCUGGUGGUGGAUCUGAUUGUCAGUGAGGAAGGAAAAGGGGCAUCAAAGCUGGACCCUCAACUUCAGCCCCAGGGGGUGCCGGCAGCCCAAGCCCUCCAAACCGCCGUGUUCCCCGUGGAGACAGUCCCUCCAGCUCAGGCCGUGAAGCCCAUCCCUGGGGCAGUGGGAGACAGUACAGCCGGCCAACUGGCCGUAGUGGAGCCAGGUGAGGCCUGUCCACUGCUGGAGGGCAGUGGCCCUCAGCGGAACAGUGUCCUCUUCCUCCCGGAGGCCUCACAGGACCCACCGCUCUGCAGCACCCCGGCAGCCUCGUCCGGCUUCCUGGACGGCUGCAGGGGACAGCUGGAAGGCUUGAUGCUCUCCCUCUUCCAGCAGAGUCUGAGCUGCCAAACCCAAGCAGAGUGGGAGAGGCCGGCGGUGGGCCUCAAAGACCUGCAUACCCCCUUCGAGGAAGAGCAGUCUGACCAGGGCUAUAUCUCUAGGAGCUCCCCUCAGCCCCCCGAUGGACUCACAGAGAUGGGGGAAGAGGAAGAAGAGCAGGACGUGGCUCAGUCAGCUAAGCCCCUUUCCCCUGCGGACCUGGCGCGUCUACGAAGUCUCCAGCGACAGCUCUUCUUCCAGGAGCUUCGGAAAAACUCUGGCUGGGACAGUGUGGAACUGGAGAGACCAAACUCCUAGAGGCCUCUCAGACCCUGAGCAUUGAGCAAAGGGGCAUGUGUGUGCCUGUGUGUGUGUAUGUGCUCUUGGGUGUAGGUGUGUGAAAUGCACCUUCAAAAUGUAAACAUUUGAUUCUGAUCCCAGUGUGUCCUUACCUUUUCUUUCUCUGACAAUGUGGUUAUCUUCCUUCCUCACAAGAAUCCAUAUCCUGUUCCCCAGAGACAAGAGCAACGUGUCUGGGAGUCUCCUUCAUCCAGUCAUCCUGCAUCUGCUCUGCCCCUCCUUCAUGCAGGCAUCUGAGAAACAAAGAUGAGUUACACCCAAUGUGGCUCUAACCCUCUCGGCGCUCACCCUCCAGUGUGAGCAAUAGGUUAGCAAGCAGAGGAUGGUCCUGUGAAGGUCUCUUGGCGACUAGAGGCCUGCCCAGGGCUGGGAAAACAGAAAGGGCACCUGGCCUGGGGAGAGAUUCCUGGAGGAGGUGACAUAUGAGCCAAAGAAGAAACUAGUUUUCUGGGCCACGAGACUGUGGCUGGAGAAGGUGAAAGUCCCAAGACGGAGCAGGCUGUGGGGAAGGGCCGGAGUGAGGCCAUCAGCAAGCUGAGCCUGGAGUGGAAGAAGGGAGGUGACCAAGGGUGAGGCAGGGAAGGGAGGUAGCCAGAGCCCAGGCAGGGGGAGCCUUCAGGGCCACUGGAGCUGACACAGCAGCUUGAAGGCCUGGGGCUUUAUCUGAUGCACUGUCACCCUUUAGAGGAGGAGGCUGAGGGCCAAAUAUACCCAGAAGUCAACUUCCUUGGGCUCAGGUUGCAUCCUUCCAAAAUGGAGUCUUGUGAGGAUGAGCGUGCUUGCGGAGACUUGGGUGGCGUCACACCCAAGGAGUGCUCCCCACGUGGACACCAUCACAGCGUACAGGCAUGGCAACCCCACCACUUCUGGCGGGUGAGCCUCCCAGGCUGGCUAAAUCUGUUCAAGAGAAGCACUCACACCUGAUCCCGGGUCAGGACGCGAUGGGAAGCCAGGCACUGUUUAUCUCGCCUCCCUGCCUGUUGUUACUGCUUCCUCCCUCCAGUGUUUCCAUCUUCAGAUUAUAAAAGUGUUAGCAGGGGCCUCCCUGGUGGUGCAAGAGGUUAAGACACAACCUGUUAAGCUGUCUACAGCCUCUGCAGUGCAAGUUCGAUCCCUGGCCAGGGAGCUACCCACAUGGCGCAGCAGACCUCUCGUGACUCACCUGCUGCUCCCCUCAGCAGUGUAUUUCAGUCCAUCUGCCUGUUCUGCUUCCCACUCUGGUGAAUCCUCUCAUGCCCCACACCUCUGGCCUGUACCCCAGUUCUUGUAUGCGUAAAUAAAUCUUCAAAAAAAAAAAGUGUUAGCAGGUAGGGCCUCUCCUGGUGGCGCAGCAGUUGAACGCUGGGCUGCGAAGUUGCCCACAGCCUCUGCAGCACCAGUUUGAUCCCCGGCCGCCGGCGAGGGUCCCACAUGGUGCGCAGACCUCUCCUGCCGCCCACUGCUCCCCUCAGCAGUGUAUUUCGUCAGUCUGCCUGUUCUGUUCUCCUCUCUGGCUCUAGUGAAUUCUCUCACCCUCCCAUGCUUCUGACUGUACCCAG